GUAUCUAAACAACACCAAAACGUGUCACAUUCCACCCUCUGCAAAAGCUUUCUGAUCUGCGUUCCUUACUCAUACAUUACUGAACAGCCCCUGAGCAUCAUGGGCAUAGCGGAAAACUACGAUGAGGUCCUGAAAGGGAAAUAUCCUGCAAAGGAGCAUGCCAAAAAAGUGGCAGAAUGGCUUAUUGCCAACGGGGGCGAUAAAACGGGAACCAUCUACCUGGAGGCGCAAAAGAGUCGGUUGAUCGAAGACAAUGAUGGUGAAGCCCCGUUCCGUCAGCGGAGAUUCUUCUACUACCUCAGCGGCUGCAACCUCCCAGACUCAUAUCUGACGUACAACAUCCCGACGGAAACAUUGAAUCUCUUCAUCCCUCCUGUCGAGCCCGAUGAAGUCAUCUGGUCAGGCCUUCCUAUGUCGCCAUCUGAAGCAAAAGCCAAAUACGACGUGGACAAUGUUCAGACCACGAGCGAUCUUAACGCGCACCUCGCCUCUUCAGACGCCUCCUCCCAAACCACAAUCUUCGCGAUCCCAGACCAAAUCUCGGACAGCACCUCCUUCCUCCCCUUCAAGACCACAAACUUGGACCUCCUCAAACGCGCCAUCGAAACUUGCCGCGUGGUCAAAACCGACUACGAAAUCGCCCUGAUCCGCAAAGCAAACGCAAUCUCCACUGUAGGUCACGUCAACGUGAUGAAAGCCGCGUCCGCCGCCAACAGCGAAGCCGAGCUCGAAGCCGUCUUUCUAAAAGCCUGCGUAGAACGCAACGCCAAAAACCAAGCCUACCACUCCAUUGUGGCCGCGGGUGAGAACGGCGCAACUCUGCACUACGUCCGCAACGACGAGCCUAUUACCAACCAGAACCUGCUUCUUCUGGACGCUGGGUGCGAGGUCGACAACUACGCGUCGGAUAUCACGCGUGCAUUCCCGCUCAAGGGCAGCUUCACCGAGGAGAGCCGCGGCAUCUACGAGAUUGUGCUCGAUAUGCAGAAACAGUGCAUUGCUGCGCUCAAAGCGGGGAUCCUGUGGGACUCGAUCCACGAGCUCGCGCAUCAAAUCGCCAUCAAUGGACUCCUCAAGCUCGGCAUCCUGCGCGGUGGCUCCGCCGACGACAUCUUCAAAGCUAGGACGAGCGUGGCCUUCUUCCCGCACGGGCUGGGCCAUUAUCUCGGUAUGGAUACGCACGAUACCGGGGGAAACCCAAACUAUGCGGAUAAAGAUUCCAUGUUUAGGUAUCUGAGGGUACGAGGGAAUGUUCCUGCUAGGAGUGUGGUUACGGUUGAGCCAGGAUUGUAUUUCUGCAGGUUCAUUAUCGAGCCGUAUUUGAAGGAUCCGGAGCAGGCAAAGUAUAUUGAUCAGAGUGUUUUGGAAAAGUAUUGGGCGGUUGGUGGAGUAAGGAUCGAAGACAAUAUCCUCGUCACAGACUCGGGCUACGAAAACUUGACUCCAACUCCAAAGGAAAUCGAUGAUGUGCUUAAGCUUGUCAAGGGCUGA